AUGUCCGAGUCGCCAGACGACUCAUCGGUCACGUCACCGGCGGGGCCGUGGCUUUUGAUCGCUUGGAUCUCAGAUGCAGAUGCCUCCGAAGAUGCUGCGACGCGUGACGUCACCUUGCUCUCCCCGCCCUCACAACGCGCCCUCCACUCCCGUCUCGCCCUUCCUCCCCCGACCACGCACCUCCCCGACAACCUCACGCCCUCACAGCGCGCCCUCCACUCCCGUCUCUCGCCCUUCCUCUGCCCACCCUCGCUCGACCUCCAACAGCCAAACGUCGACCACGCCAUGGAGAACCCCGCCGCCGAGAUCGAGGACGUCAUCCUCGCCAUCACCGCCUCGCUCAACCCAGACGUCCAGAGGGCCGCCAUCUACCGGUACUUCGCGCCCGACGCGUCCUUCCGCCACCCCCUCUGCACCGUGCCCCCCUCCAGCAAGCCAGCCACCGUCUACCCGCCGUCCCAGGCGUCGCCCGUCCUCCACGCCUUCCCGUCCCCCCUCCCGUUCCUCAGACGCCUCCCCGCCUUCGUCGUGCGCCUGCUCACCCCGACCGGCCUCGCGACCUCCUCGAGCCGCGAGACCAUCCUCCGCGUCUACCAGUGGUACCGCGUCCUCAGCCCGCACCUGCGCGUGCACGUCAACAACGUCGUCUACGACGCCGCCCGCAACGAGAUCUACGCCGAGGUCGUGCAGCGCUUCCACAUCCGCUGGAACGUCCUCAUGCCCGCCGCAGAGUCCAGGCUCAUCACGCACAUCACGCUGCGCGAGCUCCCGCACGCCGCCCCCGCGGGCAAGCCGCUCUACGUCAUCGCCGCGCAGGAGGACUUCUACCACCCGGAGGACCUCCUCGCCUUCGUCGCCCCGCUCCUCGUGCCCCUCCUCCUCGCCCUCCUCCUCCUCGGCACCUGGGCCUGCGUCCUCGGCGCGUCGCUCGGCCGCGCUGCGGGCUACUGGCGCGUCAAGCGAGGCGGGGGCGAGGGCGUCCACGGCAUCGAGCUCGAGCCCAGGGGCGCGCCCCCAGUGGACACCCACGAGGCCUCGUAUGCGGACAAGGCAAAGCAGGGCCUCCUCAAUGGCGACAAGGGCAAGGGCGAGGCGGAGGCAGAGGCGGAGAGCCCGGUCGCGCAGCCCGUCGCGAAGGAUCCGGAGGAGUGGCCGACGCCCACGGAGGCGUUCGAGUGA